AGCAAACCCUACUUCCCUCCUCUCUAGGACCCUUAGAAAGUAGAGUCCCCAUUUGUCAUAUGUCCCCUACUCUCAGGAAAGUAUGUGUGUGUUAGUUUGUAUGUAUGUUGUUAGGUCCUGUGGUUGUAUGUAUGUUGUUAGGCCCUGUGGUUGUAUGUAUGUUGUUAGGUCCUGUGGUUGUAUGUGUGUUGUUAGGCCCUGUGGUUGUAUGUAUGUUGUUAGGUCCUGUGGUUGUAUGUGUGUUGUUAGGUCCUGUGGUUGUAUGUGUGUUGUUAGGUCCUGUGGUUGUAUGUAUGUUGUUAGGUCCUGUGGUUGUAUGUGUGUUGUUAGGUCCUGUGGUUGUAUGUGUGUUGUUAGGUCCUGUGGUUGUAUGUAUGUUGUUAGGUCCUGUGGUUGUAUGUAUGUCGUUAGGUCCUGUGGUUGUAUGUGUGUUGUUAGGUCCUGUGGUUGUAUGUGUGUUGUUAGGUCCUGUGGUUGUAUGUGUGUUGUUAGGUCCUGUGGUUGUAUGUAUGUUGUUAGGUCCUGUGGUUGUAUGUGUUAGUAUGUUGUUUGUGUGUCUUAUACCCUGUUACAGAUCUAGUUCAUCUCCCAGUUCUCCAGUAAGUCUUGUUCUCCUAACACAUGACCGUUCAGCGUGUUGAUUGAUUGUGCUGCUCUUUAUCCUGUGCUGCGUCCCAAAUGACACCAUAUUCCCUGCAUAGUACACUACUUUUGACCAAAGCCCAAAAAUCUUGGUCAAAAGUAGUGUGCUAUAGGGAACAGGGUGCCAGUAGGCUGCCAUUCGGGACGAAACCCCUGAUCCAGUUAUUCUCAGUGGGAACCUGUAGCGCUCAGCUCCCUCAGAACAGAUUAGAUGGAUGGAUGGAUGGAUGGAUUGAUGAGGGAGCAGUCAGGCCAGGGACAGACUGAGAAAUGCACGUUGUGUGGAUUAUCAAUCAGAUUGAGCAAGCAGCACCAACACACUCCAAACCAGUAGACCUGGGAGUAAUGUUUCAGUGACAUGAAAUACCUCCCAAAUGGACCCCUAUGCCCUAUGCUGCACUACUUUAGACCAGAGCCCAAUGACACAGCCACGGUAUUGUCUAGAGCAGUGGUCACCAAACUACGGCCCGCGGGCCGGAUACGGCCCGUCAGCACAUUUGGCCCGGCCCUCUGAACAAUACUAGAGACGCUAUCAAAUUUUUUUCCUAUUUGGCCUCCAGAAAAAAAAUCCUAGGCCCGGCCCUGUCAAAGAGAGAACGGAAUAAUGGCGAAAAGGUUAGGUAAGAGAAAAAUUGAUUCAGAAUGGAGCGUAUUUAACCUGCAGUGGACAAACAAUUUUUUUUUUUGUUCAAUGCAAAGAAAAGGCUGUUUGUCUCAUCUGUCAAGAGACGGUGGCGGUAUUCAAAGAAUACAAUCUUCGCCGACACUAUGAAUCCCGUCACAAAGACAAGUACGAUAGCUUGCAAGGCCAAAUACGAGCAGACAAACUCUCAAAGCUAAAAAGUGGACUACUAUCUCAGCAGAAUACAUUUGUACGCCAAGCUCAGCUGAACCAGGCAUCCGUUCGGGCCAGCUUUCGGGUUGCUAAACUGAUAGCAAGAAGCGGUAAGCCUUUCACUGACGGAGAGUUUGUUAAGAAAUGUAUGGAUGCUGUCGCGGAGGAGGUGUGUCCCGAGAAGAAAGAUGCAUUUAAUGCCGUAAGUCUGUCGGCGAGUACAAUCACCAGACGCGUUGAAGAAAUCGGGAGUAAUGCAUAUGCCCAGCUGCAGCAGAAGACGAAAGAAUUUGACUUUUUUUCAUUAGCACUGGAUGAGAGCACGGACGUGCAAGACACAGCGCAACUGCUCAUUUUUAUUCGUGGAGUUAGCGCAAACUUUGAGAUAUGCGAGGAGCUGGCAGCCCUCCAAAGUCUCAAAUGGACUACAACGGGAGAGGAUAUUUUUGACAAAGUGUGCCAAACCAUGGAGAAGUUGGACCUGGACUGGUCAAAGCUAGCUAGCAUCACGACUGACGGGGCUCCUAGCAUGGUGGGCGAAACUCGCGGUCUAAUAGGACGCAUGAACCGGGAGUUGGAAAAAAGGGGUCUCACCGCCCCGCUACGAGUCCACUGCCUAAUUCACCAGCAAGCACUGUGCUGCAAAGUGUUGAAGUGGGAUUCUGUAAUGAAGGUUGUGGUGUCGUGCAUAAACUUCAUCAGAGCAAAGGGACUUAAACACAGGCAGUUCCAUGAAUUCCUGUCUGAACUGGAGUCUACGCACGGAGAUGUGCUGUACUACACAGAGGUCCGAUGGCUGAGCCAGGGCAGAGUUUUGAGGCGUUUUUACGAGCUGCUACCCGAAAUUAACGCAUUUCUUCAUUUAAAAGACAAAACGGUCCCAGAGCUGAUCGACCCAGAAUGGAAAUGGCACCUCGCAUUUUUAACAGACGUGACAGAAAUACUUAACAGCCUUAACUUGCAGCUACAAGGCGAGGGGAAACUCAUUUGCGACAUGUAUUCACACAUAAAAGCAUUUGAGGUGAAAUUAGCGCUGCUUUUGGAACAAGUGAAAAGCGCAACUUCGUCCAUCUUCCUGCUACCCAAAACCUGUCGACAGAGAACCCAGCGGUCCCGUUCCCAGCUGAAAAGUGCGUGGAAGCACUGGAAAUGCUGAAGGCGGAGUUCGGUGUGCGAUUCAGUGAACUACAUGUUCAUGCAAAAGAAAUCCGUCUUUUUCAGAACCCCUUUGUUGCCGACAUUGAUGAAGCCCAGCCUUCAUAUCAGUUUGAGUUGGCUGAGUUACAGAACUGUGAUGUUCUGAAAGACUCAUUCAAGCCCAACAGUCUCAUUGACUUCUAUGCCGCCCUCCCAAACGACACAUAUCCAAACAUCAAAAAACACGCAAUGAAAAUGUCCACAGUUUUUGGCAGCACGUAUAUCUGCGAGAAAACCUUUUCUCGCAUGAAACUGCUGAAAACCCGAUGAGAUCAAGAUUGACAGAUGAACAUUUGCAUCAGUGCUUGAGACUGGCUGUAACUAGAAUGGAACCUGAUAUUCAACUUCUCACCAGCCAGAUGCAGGCCCACAGUUCACACUGAUGAACAUACAUAGGGAAGUUGAUGAGAGAGAGCUGCAAACAGCGGUGUCUACAAGCCUACUGGAACCUACAAAAGGAUUAUAAGGAAGGAACACAAGAACUUUAAGAGACUGCUCAUAUGUGUCAGAGAGAUUCUGCUCUGACAACUGAGCUGAACUUUUAUCUGUUAAGAUUGUGCAUGGCACGACAGAAAGUUAAUGUUCCAUGGCUUUUUUUUCUAUGAAGAACCCAGAGAGA